UCCGCCCGGAACGCCACUUGAAGGCACUUCCGCCCUCCCUUAACAUGGCGCCGACGGAAGGGGCGGGGUAGGGCCGGGCGAUAAUGGCGGCGUCGAGGCUGGAGCUGAACCUGGUGCGGCUGCUAUCCCGCUGCGAGGCGAUGGCAGCGGAGAAACGGGACCCGGACGAGUGGCGCCUGGAGAAGUACGUGGGAGCCCUGGAGGACAUGUUGCAGGCCCUGAAGGUCCACGCGAGCAAACCGGCCUCUGAGGUGAUCAAUGAAUAUUCCUGGAAGGUGGAUUUUCUGAAGGGGAUGCUGCAAGCCGAGAAGCUGACCUCCUCCUCAGAGAAAGCACUGGCCAACCAGUUCCUGGCCCCUGGCCGUGUGCCAACCACAGCCAGAGAGCGAGUGCCUGCCACAAAGACGGUGCAUCUGCAGUCACGGGCGCGGUACACCAGCGAGAUGCGGAGUGAGCUACUAGGCACGGACUCUGCAGAGCCUGAGAUGGACGUGAGGAAGAGAACUGGAGUGGCAGGGUCCCAGCCAGUGAGUGAGAAGCAGUCAGCAGCUGAGCUAGACCUCGUCCUGCAGCGACAUCAGAACCUCCAGGAAAAGCUGGCGGAAGAGAUGCUAGGACUGGCCCGGAGCCUCAAGACCAAUACACUGGCCGCCCAGAGUGUCAUCAAGAAGGACAACCAGACCCUGUCACACUCACUGAAAAUGGCAGACCAGAACCUGGAGAAGCUGAAGACGGAGUCAGAGCGGCUGGAGCAGCACACGCAGAAGUCAGUCAACUGGCUGCUCUGGGCCAUGCUCAUUAUCGUCUGCUUCAUCUUCAUCAGCAUGAUCCUCUUCAUUCGAAUCAUGCCCAAACUCAAAUAAAAAUCCCGCCCACCUU